UGAAGUACGUCUUUCUCAUAUUCACCAUCCUAUACAUCCUCAUCAAAAGACAUCGACCUUCCAACAACCAAUCUACCACCGGAACCAUGACCUCCAAAUACGCCGCUGCCCACGAAUCUCCCAACGGCCCGGGCGACGCCCGCCCCACGGCGCAGACCAUCAUCGACGACCAACACCUCCGCGACAAGCUCACGGGCAAAGCCAUCCUGAUCACGGGCUGCUCCUCGGGGAUCGGCGUCGAGACCGCGCGCGCCCUGCACACGACCGGCGCGACCCUCUACCUGACGGUGCGCGACACCGCGAAAGCAAAAAAGAACCUGGGCGACCUCGCCGCCAGCCCCCGGGUGCAUCUCCUACACCUGGACCUCAACUCGCUCGACUCCGUGCGCGCCUGCGCGGCAGAUCUUCAAUCCCGCACCACCGCCCUGCACAUCCUGAUCGCGAACGCGGGCGUGAUGGCGUGCCCCGAGGGCCGGACGGCCGACGGCCUCGAGGUGCAAUUCGGCAGCAACUACGUGGCCCACUUCCUGCUGUUCCAGCUGCUGAAGCCGCUGCUGCUGGCGUCGUCGACGCCGGCGUUCCACUCGCGCGUCGUCAUGGUCUCGUCCGUGGGCCAUCGGUUCAGCAACGUCCACCUCGAUAAUCUGAACUUGGAGGGCGGGGAGUACGAGCCCUGGAAGGCGUACGGGCAGAGCAAGACCGCUGUGGUGUGGAUGGCUAAUGAGAUCGAGCGGCGGUACGGGGGCCGGGGCCUCCAUGCUCUCAGUCUGCACCCCGGCGGCAUCCAGACCGACCUGGCGCGCCACAUGUCGGAGGACCAGGUUGCGGAGUGGACUGCGGAUCGCGAGUUCAUGCUCCACUUCAAGAGUCCCGCCCAGGGCGCCGCCACAACCGUUGUGGCAGCUGUGGCGGCGGAGCUGGAGGGCCAGGGCGGGCUGUAUCUGGAUAAUUGCCAGGUGGUGACGGAUGAGCACGACCCGGCUAGCGGGAGGUGGGGCCCCGGGUAUGCGUCCUGGGCCUUUGAUGUGGAGGGGCAGAAGAAGUUAUGGGAGAAGACUUUGGACAUCCUCCAGCUGCAGGACGAGUGA